AGCUCAUUAAAACAUGGCCACAAAACAUGUGUCCUAACCUCCAAAUAAUAGCUGUCACAAAAUUUUAUUUCCGGGUCAAAUUUCUCUUCAUUUUUUUCUUUUUACACCAUUAGUAUAACAUAGUAGUAUAAAAAAUUGUGUCACUGGAAAAAUAAAUCUAGAAUUUUCUUUAACCAGACAAUUAUUUAUAAGAGGUGAUUGCAAAAGUAAAUGGAAAAUUCCGACUUGUUUUCCAAGAAUUAAAUUGGAAAUUUGUGUAGGUCGAAUCUCAGUCUAAAAAAGUGUUUCGAAUUUGUUUUCUUUUUUCCCAAGAUUUAAAAAGCAACUGAUUUUUGCUGAACCGGUUUGAAGCACACCUUUAUAUAAGCUGCCUCCUUCAACUGCAUUUCUCCAUAGUCUUCUUCUCUGCUUUUCUUUCACACACACAGACACAGUCAUUUCAAGACUCUGUUUUCAUCAUCUCAUUGUUUUUCUAGAAUAUGGGGAAGAUCAAGAUUGGGAUUAAUGGAUUUGGGAGGAUUGGUCGCUUGGUUGCAAGAGUUGCUCUGCAAAGGGACGAUGUUGAGCUCGUUGCUGUGAAUGAUCCAUUUAUCAGCACUGACUACAUGACAUACAUGUUCAAGUAUGAUAGUGUGCAUGGUCAAUGGAAGCAUCAUGAAGUUAAGGUGAAGGAUGAAAAAACCCUUCUUUUUGGUGAAAAAUCAGUCAAAGUAUUCGGGUGCAGGAAUCCUGAGGAGAUUCCAUGGGGUGAAGCUGGUGCUGAGUUUGUUGUUGAAUCUACUGGAGUCUUCACAGACAAAGAUAAGGCUGCUGCUCACUUGAAGGGUGGUGCUAAGAAAGUAGUGAUCUCUGCUCCGAGCAAAGAUGCUCCCAUGUUUGUUGUCGGAGUCAAUGAGAAGGAGUACACGCCCGAGCUAAACAUCGUCUCCAAUGCUAGCUGCACGACCAACUGCCUUGCCCCGUUGGCCAAGGUUAUCAACGAUAAGUUUGGUAUAGUCGAGGGCCUCAUGUCCACCAUCCACGCGAUAACAGCCACACAGAAGACGGUGGAUGGUCCAUCGAGCAAGGACUGGAGAGGCGGAAGGGCUGCCUCGUUCAACAUCAUCCCCAGCAGUACCGGUGCUGCCAAGGCUGUUGGCAAGGUGCUUCCUGCACUGAACGGGAAGUUAACCGGAAUGUCAUUCCGAGUCCCCACAGUUGAUGUCUCCGUGGUUGACCUCACCGUUAGGCUAGAGAAGGAGGCCACCUAUGAUGAGAUCAAAGCUGCCAUCAAGGAAGCAUCGGAGACGAAGCUCAAGGGCAUUUUGGGAUACGUCGAAGAUGAUGUGGUCUCCACGGACUUCAUCGGUGAUAGCAGGUCAAGCAUCUUCGAUGCUAAGGCCGGAAUCGCUUUGAACAAGAACUUCGUGAAACUCGUGUCGUGGUACGACAACGAAUGGGGUUACAGUUCUCGCGUGGUCGAUUUGAUCGUCCACAUGGCGUCGGUGGCGUGAUCGGAUUAGCCAGCAUGGAUGUCUACGUGGCGGGCGUCAGUUUUAACUUUCCCUUUCGAGCUUUUUUUCGAGUCGAGCUUAUAAAAUAAAGCUGCUUCGUUGGAGCAGCCAGCUUGUUGUUGCAAUUUCAUAUCAUUUCAUAUCUUCUGUAUCAUAUCUUGUUUCAUAUGUACCAUAUCUUAUAUUUGUGUUAUAUUUCGUAUUUCACUUUAUUAUUAUAAAAUUAUGAUAUCAUCAGAAAUAAAA